AAACAUCGCAUCAUCUGGCAGAAAAACAAGCGGAAAAGCAGGCGGAAAAGCGGUCGCAUCGCCACAAAAAUAGAAAAAAAACAACGAGCCAAACCGAAGAAAGCAGGGAAAGAAAAGCUUGCCACACAUUCUUCGGCGCCGCUCAUUUACCAUCGGUUUGAUGGAAAUUUUGGAAAACUUUUGAAAACGCCAAAGAAAAGUCGUCGCGCAGUGUGUUAUGAAAUCGUUGCCGCGUGCGUGAGUGCGAGUGUGAAAAUAGCUGGAAGUUCGAAAAAAGAAAACCAAAAAUCACACCGAAAACUGUCGAAGUUCGCAGCUCAAAGCCCUCUAAUCUCUAGUAAUCGUAGAAUCCGGGCAGCCAAAAGUACCGCCAAUUAACAAGCAGAUCCGAAACAACAGGCACCUUAAGAUACCCAACCCACUUAGCCCAAGUCGCAAUUGUUAACCCGAGGCGACUGUCACAGAUCCCAGGCGAAGUCGUCAUCGGGCGGAACAGCAAUACCUUCCAUCCAAGGAUCCGCCCCAUCCUCAUUGGAGUCCCAAAUUGCCAGCGGAGCAGCAAGAGACACAACGACCUUAGGCUAAGUUCCUCUUAUGCCAGUUUAGGCAAAAUGCAGGCCACGCCCAGCGAAGAUGCUCAGCCGCAGGAUCCGCUCAAGUCCUUCGAGAGGGACUAUUGCGACCUGCCGCCCUACCAAUGCGUCAUGAGUGACUCGGCACCGAAUACCCCAGGACCCUCCUCGGCCUCGGCCCUGCCCAAAAAGUAUUACCGCCAUGCGGCCCACAGAGUGUUUGUGAACAGAUCGUUGCAUUUGGAGAACAUCAAGUACUAUGGCUUCGAUAUGGACUACACCUUGGCAGAGUACAAGUCGCCGCAGUACGAGCAACUGGGCUUCAACCUGGUCAAGGAGCGGCUGGUUUCCAUGGGCUAUCCCAAGGAGAUCCUGCAGUUCGAGUACGAUCCCACGUUCCCCGUUCGCGGCCUAUGGUUCGACACACUCUACGGAAAUCUACUGAAAGUGGAUGCCUACGGCAACAUCCUGGUCUGCGUUCACGGGUUUGAGUUCAUCAAGCAUCACCAGGUGUACGAGCUGUAUCCCAACAAGUUCUUGAAACUGGACGAGUCGCGUGUUUAUGUCCUCAACACACUCUUCAACCUCCCGGAGACCUAUCUUCUGGCCUGUCUCGUUGACUUCUUCACCAACAGCAGCGAAUUUGUGCGCGUUGAGCGCGGCAUCAAAGCUGGCGAUUUCCUUUUCACCUACAAGUCGAUUUUCCAGGACGUGCGACGUGCCGUCGACUGGGUGCAUUCCGAUGGCGACCUCAAGCGUCGCACCACGCAGAACAUGGCCCACUAUGUGAAGAAGGACGAGCGUUUGCCCACGGUUCUUUCGCGUCUCCGCGAAUCGGGCGCCAAACUCUUCAUGCUGACCAACAGCGACUACACGUACACCAACGAGAUCAUGACCUACCUGUUCGACUUCCCCCAUGGAGCCACUCCCGAGGAGCCGCACCGCGACUGGAAGAGCUACUUCGAUGUGAUCGUGGUGGAUGCCCGCAAGCCGCUCUUCUUCGACGAGGGCACCGUUCUGCGGCAGGUGGACACGAAGACCGGUGGCCUGAAGAUCGGCACCCACAUUGGACCCCUGCAGCCGGGCCAGGUGUACUCGGGCGGCUCCUGCGAGCUAUUCACCAAGUUUAUCAACGCUAAGGGCAAGGAUGUGCUGUAUGUGGGCGACCACAUCUUUGGCGACAUUCUGAAGUCGAAGAAGAUCCGCGGUUGGCGCACCUUCCUCAUCGUGCCCGAGUUGGUCAGGGAGCUGCAUGUGUGGACGGAUGAGUGCCAGCUGUUUGCAGAGCUCCAGAACCUGGACAUCAAGCUGGGCGACCUUUAUCGGGAUCUCGACUCGAGUGCCAAGGUCAAGCCGGACAUUUCGCAGCUGCGCACCUGCAUCCGGGACGUGACCCACAAGAUGGACAUGUCCUACGGGAUGAUGGGCUCGCUCUUCCGCUCCGGCUCGCGGCAGACCUUCUUCUCCAGCCAGGUGGUGCGAUAUGCCGACGUCUACGCGGCCACCCUGCUCAACCUCAUCUACUACCCCUUCUCGUACAUGUUCCGGGCUCCGGCCAUGCUCCUGCCGCACGAGUCCACGGUGGCCCACGACCAGGCCCACCAGCCGCCUCCGCCGCUGGCCCCAGCUGUCCCGAUCACGGGUUCCUCCUCGGUGGCAGCAUCGCCGGAUGAGCCGGCUCGCAUUGUGGGGGGCACCGAGCCGGCCAAGGACACCAAGGACUUGCAUCGCGCCAGCUCCAUUGUGCACACUCGUCCCUCGACGCCCACCGUGGUGACCCACACCCAUGACGAGGACUACUCCGAGGAGGAGGAGACACCCAGUGGCGCCGAGUCAUCUACAGAGCAGCCGCUGCGCGACGCCUCCGAAGACUAGGAACCGCAACCCCCCAGCCGGAAUGUUUGGGUCAACGAAUUUUCUUCUCAAACUUCCCCAAUGUCCCAAGAGGCCCUUUAACCUUUUAACCCAUCCCAUGCCCCAACCCAAACCCAUCCCUAAAUCCACACCGUGGUCGAAGCAAUUGUGAAACAUACGAUUUUUCCUGGCGAUUUUACCCGAUCACAGAUAAGUGAAACUAUAUACCUAAUAUGAUAUAUACAUUAUACAUUAGCUGGUUCCGUACAUAUAAUGUGUCUUUUUUUUUUAAUUAAAACAAUAAAUUUGCUGUAAUUGAAAGAAA